UAGGCUUAAGACAUGAUGCUCAUUAUUUGUGCAGAUUAAAAUAGUCACGCACAUUAUUUAUUAAAUUUCCUCGAUAAAAAUCCAGCACACUAAAUGUAAACAUGUCCACGCGUGACGCAUGCGCACCGAAUCUAAACGCAGUCGUAUAUUGGGAUCAAGCCUGCAAAUGGGGGACAGACACCAAUAAAAGUCUGCAGACGCACCAAUCCUUUCAGACGAGACAGAACAAGUUGAUGGGAUAUAAUCAAUAAAGGAGCCAUGUUUUAUAGAGUAGAGUUUUUUCUUCGCCAUGAAUAUGAGACCUGAUUGUUUUUCUAAAGAGGGAUUAUACUCGAAUAACCUUGACUUCAAUCCAUCUCAAACAGGACACCCAGUUAGUGUCCCAAGAGCUUCCACUGUCCUAGAACAAGGAGAUCGACCUGGUGACACUUCAAACAACACCAGACAACAUCUGAUCUUGGACAAGAAUCUGGGUGGGAAAGUCGAACGGACUUCAUUGCUUCUAAAGCUCGGUAGAGUGUUAGCUGUCGCUUCAGAGGCUGGCUCUGAGGGAACAGAAACACUGUCAUCUCAAGCAAAACAAAUGGGGGGUGAAGGAACCCCAGUAAAAAGUAAAACUCCACUUGGACAGACCAACUCUAUUGAUAAUAAGCCAGAGUUUGUAUCCAUGAAUUCACAUGAGAAGAGUGUGAAAGGGUUAGAAACUAUGGGGGCAUCUCAUGAACAUACAGAGGGUAAAAAGUUGAAUAUGAGGAAGAUCACAGGUCAUCCUCACACACAAGCCACUUGCCUUAAACAACUACUUCUGCUUCAACUGGACUUGAUAGAGCAACAGCAACAACAACUGCAGUCUAAGGACAAGGAAAUAGAUGAACUCAAAUCAGACAGAGACACGUUGCUUGCCCGUAUUGAGAGGAUGGAACGGCGUUUGCAGUUGUUAAGUAAGGAACCACGUGACAAGAGGCUCUUUCAGCCAUUAGAGAGAUGGGUCCCUGAUUCAGAAGACUUUUGGGAAUCCGAUUUGGGGGAUAGCCCGCAGACUCCAACAUCCAAGUCACUUCAGUUGAAUCAAAGUGGCAAGAUGCAAAAGAGGAAGUUCAACUUCUUAGAUGCUAAGAUGCAGAGGUCAAGAGGUAAGGCCACAAGAUUGACCCCCCAAAAAUUAGAGACAGGAGAGACAUCACCAUGUCAGCAUGACUUGCGAAACAAAGAGCCCCAAGAGAAGAUGAGCUUUGGGAAAUCGAGCGGACAGAUGGAUCUGCAUCCAGAGGGAGAAGAUAGUAAAGAAACUGAAGAUCUCCCAUACUUGACCACGACCGAGAUGUACCUGUGCUGCUGGCAUCAGCCUCCAGCCUCUCCAUUGCAGGAACCGUCUCCAAAGAAAGAGGAGGAUGUUGCAAUUCCAUCCUGGAGAGAAAUUGACAUGGAACCCCUGUGUGAGGAGGAUGCCUUUGACAUACCUGAGAAUCUUGAUGAUACCGUUUUUCUGAAACGCCACGCAAAGCUAGAACUGGAUGAGAAGAGACGAAAAAGAUGGGACAUUCAGAGAAUACGUGAACAGCGUAUGCUUCAUAGACUGCAGCAGCGCAUGGAGAAGAAAAAGAUGAAUGUUCAGGAAAGCGAGCCCGAAUUGUCCUCGUUUUAUCCUGAUGUUGACAGUGUGGAGGCCAUUGAAAUCACACCAUUUCUGCCAGUAGUGGCCUUUGGUCAUCCUUUGCCCAAUUUGCCUGCACAAAACUUCGAGCUGCCAUGGCUUGACGAAAAAAGUCGGUGUCGUAUUGAAAAUCAGAAAAAGACUCCCCAUCGAACCUGUCGGAAAUGAGUCACAGAUUUUGUGCAUGUUUCCAAGUUGAAUGCUACAUGGAUGAGCAAAGCCGGGUUUGAUCAGUCAGGUGACAAGAUAUUUGCCCAUCAUUAUAGUCUAGUGUCAGUCCGCUAUCUGCUGGCAGAGACUGUUUAGGCUAGAAUGAAAUGGCAGCAUUGCAGUGAUGUUAUCAUGCUAUGUUGCCAAGACUAUAAAGCACCAACUGCCCUGUUAACUGCAGUUUUAGGCCACAUCCUCACUUAUACAUUUUCAGUUCCUUAACAUCAUCGUUUUCCAAAGUGUGAGGUUAUGGAGAGCGUUUUUGUUGUGGGUGAGAGGCUUAAAUGUAUCAAAAUCAAUGCGUUUUUCAAACAGAAACGUAUGAGUGUGGACGCGUGUUAGUUUGCACACAAUCAGUGUGCGGUCUUUACUGAUUUAGGCUUUUACCUGUAGUCCUGUUCUGUGAAUUAUCACUGAGGCUAAGUGAUAUUGGUUGUGCAGGCUCUGCUGCAAAUAAUGUUUUAAUGUGCACUAAACUGUGGUAAAGGAGUAUUGAUGCACAUUUGCAUGUAUGCCUCAAUAUAUUUGUGUUGAGAAUGGCUUUAAAGAGCUUGUUUUGUUUUAAAAAUGGUAAUUAUGCAUGAAUGUCUUAAUGAAACCUAAAAAUGUACAUAUUUUUGUAAACAUAGCAUAGCCAUUUAGAAGUUGGCAGGAUUAGGAAGAGGAUGCUAAUAUGUUUAAGGAUGCUCUGGUGUAUAAGAGUAGCAAACAUUUUUAUAUUACCAUCUAGGUGUAUGCUGGAGGUCUGCAUAUCUCAGUUUGGCAUCCCUUGCAGAUUUAAGAACAAUUAUAAGGAACCUUAAUGUUAUUUUUUGGAUUGAUUAGUUGGUCUGUUGCUGUAAUGUUUAAUGUACCGGAACCUUCUUGUUGGAAAAAAAACAUACAUUUUAUACACAGAUUUUCCUCAAGUCUCAACAAUGCCCAAGAUUUUGCUAAUCUGUAUUAAUUUUGGAUAAACUGUGUGCCUAAUGGGAUUAAUUUUAGGUUAUUUGUGUUAAUUUCUUAUAGAUAUUCCUGUUCAAAUUGUAAAGAUUUUUUAUGUUCUAUUUUCGCAUAAAUGUGUUGAUCUUGUUAGUGCAACAUACAUCCAGAAGUUUUUUGUUUCUUCCCCUGAAUGUGUACAUCUGGACCACUGUAAAUAGCUUUAAUGACACAUACCAGCUAUAAAUAAGUCAAAUGUUGCUGUUAUUUUUUUAUUUAAUGUCAGAAUGUUUUAAGUCGAGUAUAGAUGAUAUAUUGAUAGCAUUAUUUACAAAAUAAGAAUUUUUGUUUUUCAAAAAAAUAAAAUAAA